GUGCUAAUGGCGGCUGAUCGGAAGGAUGAAAUGCAAAUGUGGCUGAAAGUUUUGAAUGGAUCGUUGAGCAAUCUGAUUCUGUGGAAUCCACGACGUUAA